CUUGCUACCCCAAACUUCGGCCAGCGCCGCGCAGGCUCGGUGCCAGGCACAAGCCAGGGCCGCCGGGUCGCCGACAGAGGACCACCGCGCUCAGUGCACACCCGUGGUGGUCCAGGAGCUCCGGGUCAAGGAGAGUAGUUGACACUGACCCCUUCUUUAAGAAGCCAGGAAUUUUCAAGAUGAAUUAUACUGAGUCCAGGCCAUUGGCAGAAUCAACUGCAGUAGGUUUUACACCUGAGUUAGCAAGUAUUAUACCUGUGCCUUCCAAUGAGACCAUCUGUGAAAACUGGAGAGAGAUACAUCAUCUAGUUUUUCAUGUAGCAAAUAUUUUUUUUGUGAUUGGGUUGGUUAUUCCAACUACUCUUCAGCUCCAUAUGAUACUUCUUAGGGGGAUGCUAGCCAUAGGGUGCUCCUUCUACAUCGUCUGGGGCACUCUCUACCGCUGUGCCUUGGACGUCGUGAUCUGGAAUUCUGUGUUCCUCGGCGUCAACAUUUUGCAUCUUUCAUAUCUUUUGUACAAGAAAAGACCGGUCAAGAUUGAGAAGGAACUCAAUGGCAUCUACCGGCGAUUGUUCGAACCACUGUGUGUGCCUCCAGAUUUGUUCAGAAGAUUAACUGGACAGUUUUGUAUGAUCCAGACCUUGACAAAGGGCCAGACUUACGCUGCAGAGGACAAAACCUCAGUCGACGACCGUCUGAGUAUUCUCCUGAAGGGAAAAAUGAAGGUCUCCUAUCGAGGACAUUUUCUGCAUAACAUUUACCCCUGUGCCUUUAUAGAUUCUCCUGAAUUUAGAUCAACUCAGAUGCACAAAGGUGAAAAAUUCCAGGUCACCAUUGUUGCAGAUGAUAACUGCAGAUUUUUAUGCUGGUCAAGAGAAAGAUUAACGUACUUUCUGGAAUCCGAACCUUUCCUAUAUGAAAUAUUUAGGUAUCUUAUAGGAAAAGACAUUACAAAUAAGCUCUACUCACUGAAUGAUCCCACCUUAAAUGAUAAAAAGCCCAAAAAUUUGGAACACCAGCUGAGCCUGUGCACGCAGAUCUCCAUGCUGGAGAUGAGGAACAGUAUAGCCAGCUCCAGUGACAGCGAAGACGGCUUGCACCUGUUCCUUCGGGGCACCUCCAGCGUGUCCUCUCUUCAUGUGCCGUCCCCACACCAGCGAGCCUCGGCCAAGAUGAAACCAAUCGAAGAAGGGGUGGAAGAUGACGAGGUCUUUGAACCUAUGUCUCCAAAAACGUUUAAAGUCCGUGAGGCGCCUUGAUCGGAGAGAAGAGCCACGUUACCAAGAUGAAAACCGUCUUGAAGAAACACUGAAAAAUACCAGCACUUUUCACUGCUUUCAGACUAUUCUGCUGUAGGACACCCAGACUGGUCCAGUCUGAGGGCAGAAAGAGGAAGAGUCAGAAAUGGGCAGACUAUUAGCUCUCCUUUUUAUUGGUCAGCUUUUUAGAUGGUUGUUUUCCUGAGCCUUCUAGUUAAACCUAGUUCUGUUUUAAGAUAUAUAUAUUUUCACAGU